AUGGCCGUGCUAAGAUCCAACGAGGACAACCAUGACUAUGAAGGGCACGGCCCUGCGUCGUUGCCCAUCGAUGAUGCUGGCAACGAGAAAAUCCAUGUUGCAGCGCGCAAUGAGACAUUGCCUGAAUACUCAAAUACACACGGCUACAACCCAGCGCUCAUGAGUGCUCGGACGACCUUAAGUGCUGAUGAGGAGAAGAAGCUUCUGAGAAGGAUUGACUGGCAUCUGAUCCCGCUCAUGGCCGUCAUCUACUGUGUAAAGACCAUUGAUGCCAGCAACGUAUCAAAUGCUCGUAUUAUGGACCAAGGAACGAAUCACAGUAUCUUGACGGAGCUCCAUAUGACGUCGGAUCAGUACAACUUUGUUACGUUGGCAUACUACAUUCCGUAUAUCCUGGCUGAGGCACCGUCUAACCUAUUGGUCAAGAAAAUGAAACCGUCUGUUUGGAACGCCAGAAUUCAAAUCUCAUGGGGCGUCGUGCUAUGCUGCCAUGCCGCCCUCACCAAUGCUACAGGGUUAUAUGUUGUUCGCGCCUUUUUAGGAUUCUUCGAGGCUGGCCUUUGGCCUGGCUUGCUACUGCAACUUGUCUACUGGUACCGUCCGGACGAGUUAGCUCCACGUAUCGUCUUGGUAACGAUCGUGGGAAAUUUCAGUUCUGUGUUUAGUGGAGUAUUGGCGUUCGCAUUUAAUGGUGUGACGGCUAGAGGGUUGUCAGGUUGGAAGUGGCUUAUAUUGACAGAAGGCAUCUUUACUAUACUACUCGGUAUCUUCACUUACUUCUUCCUAGCGGACUUCCCCGCGCAAGCAUCAUGGCUUUCAGAGAAAGAGAAGGCUUUUGUCCAAGCUCGACUUCCGAGCAAUGCGCCACGAGACGCGGAAAAGAACUUUGAUUUGCACGAGUUCAUUCAGACGCUCAAAGACAAAAGACUAUGGCUUUUUCUAUUGUGUUGGGCAUUCUACACUGUCGGAACGACUGGAUUGAACUUCUACCAACCAACUGUCAUUGCUAAUCUCGGUUUCACAUCAAUCUCGCAGGCCCAAUUGUUGAACAUCCCCCCGGCCGUUUUUUCUUGCCUCUUAACUCUCCUUUUUGGAGUGUUCGCUGAUUCAGGUCGCAUCCCUCAGCCGCUAAUUCCUCUUGGGUUUAUGAUUGUAAUCGAGGCAUGCUAUGUAGUACUCUACACAUUUCCCAGUACUGGUGGCGUGUACGCAGCCACUGUAAUUGCAGGAGGCUUCUCAACGGCUUGGUAUACUAUGAUGUGGCCGUGGAGAGUUCAAACCACCCAAGGCGCGACUGGAUCUGCCUUCGCAAUCGCCUUCGCAAAUAGCUACGGCCAGAUAGGUGGCGCUGUCGGUAGUCAGCUAUUCAAUUCGAGAUAUGCUCCGCGCUACACGACCUCUUUCGGCAUCGCUAUGGGCUUUAUCGGAAUGGCCAUCAUCAUGAACAUUAUUACCUGGUCCUUCACAUGGCGGGUCGAUAUGGAAACUCGGAGGAUCAAGAGAGCGAGAAUUGCAGCUGCGAAAAGGAAUGAGACAGUCUUGGAUGACGUUGAGAUUAACGGCAAAGGUAACGCAUGA